UCAUGCUGCUGCCAGGUCCAGAGUGUGUCAUGGGUCCCUGUACGGCCUCCCAUUGCUGCUGUCUCCAUCGCCACACUCUGCCAUGUGCACUUUCAGGUCUCCUCACACUGCUGGUGGGUUCCAUUUUGUCAUAGGGUGCUGGCAGAUUACGGGCCUCCCAUUGCUGCUGCCAGGCCCGUAAUCUGCCAUGGGCCCCCGUACCGACUCCUCAUGCUGCUGCCAGGCCCAGAGUGUGUCAUGGGUCCCUGUACGGCCUCCCAUUGCUGCUGUCUCCAUCGCCACACUCUGCCAUGUGCCACUUUCAGGUCUCCUCACACUGCUGGUGGGUUCCAUUUUGUC